AUGGUUUCCUCGAUAAAUCGGGUUCUUCGCAACCUGGCCGCUCAAAAGGAGAAAUCGAGCAACCAACAAAGCGGCACAGACUGCUCCACGCCUGUGUACGAGCGUUUGCGGCUUCUCGGAGCCCCGGGCUCCGCCCCCGCCUGGCCGCGGGCCCCCUGGCCGGCGCAGAUCGACACUAGGACUCCACCCUACCAGCUGCACAGUCUGAGCCCUGGCCCGCAAACUAUCGGGUGCGGCACCGAUAUACCUGGCAUGAAGAAAGGUAAGUACGACGUCUACACGACGCUAUUUCGUAACCAGUUCGGCAUGUCAAGAAAAAGAGUAUGGCAAGAAAGAGAG